UAAGAAAGCUGUCCCAAACAAGACCUCAAUUAUCCUAAAAGAUCAACAAGGGAUGGGCUUUUUCAAAGGAAUAUAACUCAUCUGCAUGCUCAAUAUAAGAAAAGGAUCUCACAAAAUGUCCAUUACAAACUGUUGAGCUAACUAUACCUUUCUACCUGGCCACCACUACUGUUCAAACAGAUAGAGACUUCACAUACUGGAGAUCCCUUCAUAGCAAUGCUCAUCACCUGCCUUCUCCCAGACUCAGAUCUGAAAGAAUGCAUUUCUACAGACUCAUCAUCUUUCUCAUUUUUGUAAUGUCUUUCAUCAAUUAUUCAACAUCUCAGCAGCAAGAAUACAGCAGCACCAUUACAGUGCCUCGUCAAGUGAGAGCUGGAUACUGGUUCUCCAGCUCAGGCCGUUACUCGCCGCUUACCGGCAUCGACGUUUCACUGUACACCCACCUCUACUACUACUCAGUCUCACUUGAUCCUGCUGACUCCAGCAUAGCACUUCCACCACCUGAGCAACUCCCCCUUCUAACCACCUUCUCCACUACACUGAAAACUGGAAAUUCCUCAGUGAAAACACUUCUAUCUGUCGCAACCGACAACCAUCAAGUCAAUGAGUUGAACACUGCUUUCUCCGCCAUGGUGGGUGACCCGGCUCGUCGUUCCGCAUUCAUCGCUUCCACCAUAGAAUUCGCAAGGGCGCAUUUUUUUGAUGGUCUAGACCUAGCUUGGCAGUUCCCAUCUUCAUCAUCAGACAUGGCCAACCUAGGAAUUUUACUAGAGGAGUGGAGGGCUUCUAUAAGCAAUGAAGCAGGAAACUCACUGUCAGCACUCCUACUUACAGCAACAGUGUACUUCUCCGAUCAUCUUUUUGAAGGCCCAGAAAACAAUCUUGAUUACCCAAUCGAUGCCAUUUCAAGAAAUCUAGACUGGAUUAAUGUCCUCUGCUUUGGCUACCACAAGAACAGUAUGGUAGCUGCAGCUGAUGCAGCGCUCAUAGAUAAAACCUCACACUCCUCUACAAGCUACAGCAUAGGCUCUUGGCUUGACUCUGGGGUUUCUUCCAGUAAGGUGGUCAUGGGGAUCCCUUUGUAUGGAAGAUCCUGGUAUCUAAAAAACAAAGAAAAAAAUGGACUUGGAGCCCAAGUGGUAGCAACAGGUCCAAGGCAGAAGCUCAGCAACCAAAGUGGAGUCAUGGCUUACUUUGAGAUAGAAAAGAUCUUAAAGGAGGCCAGUUCAACCUUAGUUUAUGAUAACCAGACAGUAUCUACAUACUUGCAUAAUGGAGGUUUAUGGGUCAGUUUUGAUAGUCCUGAAGUGGUAGAAGAGAAGAUCAAAUUUGCUAGGAACAAAGGUUUGCUUGGCUAUUUCCUCUAUCCAGUCAGCUUUGACAACUCAAACCAUAAAUUAUCAAAACAAGGUGAGUCCCUCCAGUAAAUCUGUGCCAACUUGAGCAUGAUUUUCUCUUUUUUUAUUUUAACUGCUCCAUAAUCAAUGGUUUGGUAUUUAAAUUCAGCUUUGGAUGCAUGGGAAAGAUAUCAUUAUCUAGAAACUUCCAAUGAAGAUGGUCGAUAUGGAGAAGCACCAUCUCCAGACGAAACAUCCGCACUAGAUCAAGCUUCUAACCAAUCGGCAGAUCUGUCCAAUUCACUAACAUGCUUCCCAACUAUCAACACUUUCAUCAUGUGUUUUUUACUUCCCAUGUUUCUUCUACUCUAUUUUGCAUUGAUUAUGGUGUAAAAAGAUAGACCUAAACUUAACAUCAUAGAAAUCUUGACGUAGCAUUUAUUCUCACUGAAAUGGGGGGAUAGUUCUGAUUGACUGAGUAUUACAAUGUUGACAAAAUAUUCAUAAUGUGUUACAGACAGAAUGGACAUAAUAAGCAGCUGGAAUUAUAUAUUACAUGUGAAGGUCAAAGCUUGAUGUUUGCAUGAGUGCAUGGGCGGAGGGGGCGCGUUUCGUUUUCCCUUUCGCUCCUCUCUCGCCCCCAAACAGAGAAUGCUCGUGGCAGAUAUUUAUGUCUCUAAGUUCUAAGGGUCAUGUUAUUUGUAUUAUUAAUUUUGAUCUUACAGCUCCUCUUGGCUCCGGUAAUAAGAUGACAACGGAACUAUUUUAAUGUAUUCCAACAUUCCAGAUGAGACGACAAAUAGAAUUAUUUUAAUGUAGCCCCUUGAAUAAAAUUUCUGGCUCUGCCACAGCAUGAGUGGAUGGGUAAAAUAUGUUCCUACGGCUAGCUAUGAUUGCCAGUUAUUGUGAUCUUCAUGUAUUCCUUGGAAUAUUAUCUUUGGACAACUUCUAGCGCUAAUCAACAAAUGCUGCAAAAGUAAACGUGCUUGUUCUGCUCUUCAGAGUGUUAAAGGUUUAGCCAUAUAUCAUUAUUCCGAACCAAGUGGCCAAGUAAGUGUGGCCUGAUGAGCGGAUGGAGGCUGAUAUAGUAGCAGAUAAUCGAUCCAGAUUAUUAGCAUCAAGCACAAGAUUGCCUGCCUGAUCAUCUGAUCAAUAAGAAAUAAAAGACCGAUGGAAAUGCAGUUAUCAUAGAUGGAAAUGCGUGAAUCAGCUGGACCUUCUACUGGAGAUGUGUAUAUCAGGCCUCCUCAGAACGUUGUCUUACCAUCAAAGGGUUUACCUUCUACAAUAAGACGGUGUGCUACAACCAAUCUUGAUAGGAGAUUUAGGCUUCGUUUGGGACAGCUUUCUUACUGCUUCUUAAAGCAGCUUUCUAGUACAAAAAUUUUAAUUUUUGUACUAAAAAAUUACUUUAAGAAGUUAUAAGAAAGCCGUCCCAAACAAAACCUUAGUCCUUAGAAGCCUCAAAACCAUAGACAAGAGACCCACCCAACGCAAAGAUCUUUCAGCAUUUCACCAAUCUGGGAGGGUCCCUAUGUCAACA